AUGUCCACCCUCCGCAACCUAGGCCACAAUGGCCCCCUGGUCAACGCCGUCGGCCUCGGUACCAUGAGCAUUGCCGGUGCCUACGGCCAACAAAACACCCGGGAAGAGAAGCUUGCCUUCCUAGACCACGCUCACUCCAUUGGACAGCGAUUCUGGGACACGGCUGACAUCUACUUCGACAGCGAAGCCAUUAUCGGGGAGUGGUUCAAGCGGUCUGGCAAGCGUGGAGACAUCUUUUUAGCAACAAAGUUUGGUCUUAGCUAUGAUGCCAGCAUGCGUCAAAGUAUUCGAUCUGACCCGGAGUAUAUCCGAAUGGCAUGUGAGAGGAGCCUGGAGAAGUUGGGUGUUGAGACUAUUGACUUGUAUUAUUGUCAUCGGGUGGACGGAGUGACUCCUAUUGAGAAGACCGUGGAGGCUAUGGUUCUGUUGAAGAGAGAAGGGAAGAUUCGCUAUCUAGGUCUUUCCGAAGUCUCCGCUGCUACUCUGCGUCGUGCACAUGCUGUUCAUCCCAUUUCAGCACUACAGAUCGAGUACAGUCCAUUCUGCUUGGACAUCGAGUCUCCCCAGUCUGACGUGCUUCGUACAUGUCGCGAGCUGGGCAUUGCUGUGGUGGCGUAUAGCCCCAUGGGUCGGGGGUUAUUGACGGGCCAGUUCAAGUCGAGGAGUGACCUUGGAGAGCAGGACUUUCGAUGCAUGAUCCCAAGGUAUUCUGAAGGCAUGGACAGAAUUCUGAGUAUAGUGGAGAGGUUCAAGGAGAUUGGAGAGGCACAUGGGUUUACGCCGUCGCAGGUUGCGCUGGCGUGGCUGCUUGCUCAAGGUCCGGAGGUUAUUCCCAUUCCAGGUACCCGGAGUGUUAAGUACCUAGAAGAGAACGCUGCAGCGGUCGAUGUGAGAUUGAGUGACGAAGAGGUUGCUGAGAUUAGGGAUCUGGUGCAGAAGGCCAACUUUGUGGGGGAUCGUUAUCCUGAAAUUAUGCCAAUCUUUCCUGAUACUCCGGAACUAUGA